AUGGCAGAAGCGGUGGAGUCUCCAGGAGACCCGGGGACAACAACGCCCAGGCCCCUGUUUGCAGGCCUUUCUGAUAUAUCUAUCCCACAAGACAUCCCUGUGGAAGGAGAAAUCACCAUUCCUGUGAGAUCGCGCGUUCGGGAAUUUGACAGCUCCACAUUAAAUGAGUCUGUUCAGAACACCAUUAUGCGUGAUCUAAAAGCUGUUGGGAAAAAAUUCAUGCAUGUUUUGUACCCAAGGAAAAGUAAUACUCUUUUGAGAGAUUGGGAUUUAUGGGGCCCUUUGAUCCUUUGUGUGACGCUUGCAUUAAUGCUUCAAAGAGGCUCUGUAGAUAGCGAAAAAGAUGGAGGGCCCCAGUUUGCAGAAGUGUUUGUCAUUGUCUGGUUUGGUGCAGUUACCAUCACCCUCAACUCAAAACUUCUUGGAGGAAACAUAUCUUUUUUUCAGAGCCUUUGUGUGCUGGGAUACUGUAUACUUCCCCUGACAAUGGCAAUGCUGGUUUGCCGGCUGGUACUUUUGGCUGAGCCAGGACCAGUAAACUUCAUGGUCCGGCUUUUUGUGGUGAUCAUCAUGUUUGCCUGGUCUAUAGUAGCUUCUACAGCUUUUCUUGCUGAUAGCCAGCCUCCAAACCGCAAAGCCCUUGCCGUUUAUCCUGUUUUCUUGUUUUAUUUUGUCAUCAGUUGGAUGAUUCUCACCUUCACUCCUCAGUAA